AUGUUCAUCAGAUACAUGGGACAGCUGAAGACACUUGUAUCCAAUCUGGACAACGAAUGCCAACAUGUUUUCGUUUGCAAGCCGAAAGGAGGCAUUCAGCUAGAACAAGCUCCAAACCUACAACAAGCUCACCAACAAAUUCAUCAAGGAGUUCAAGGAGUACCACCCCAGACGGUGAAGGAAGAAUCCACAUUGGCCUACCACACACUGGUCGACAAGGAGAACUGGAGAAGGGAGCUAGAGAAGCCUACCAAAGUAUCAUCGCCCAACAAAAAGGAUUCUGGAAUCACCGAAGAGGUGAAGCCAAAGACUUCAACACUUGGACCAGAGGAUGAUUCUCUCAACAAGUACUUCAUCAAGCACUCCAUGAUGAUCACAAUACGAGCCGACAGGAAGAGCCAGGAACACCAGUUGUUUCGACAAAACACCCCAGCUUGGCCAACAUCAGCUUCAAACAAUCGAGCUAGAAGUAGAGUACUCGAAGCGGAAAACUCCCGUGAAGAGCGGAAGUUCAAGCAGACAGUACUUGGCUUGAACAAACCUCAAGAAGCAACCAACAAUGGGCCAACAACGACAGCAGGAACUGGAGAGGAGUACACGAACGAAGAGUUCGCUCUCCGUCAGCAACGUCGUCUGCAGAACAUGGUCAUCGUUGUCAACACGAUUGGUCAAUCUGCCCAUCCACAGCUUGCCCAGCAAACUUCCCCAGCUUCAGGACAAAAUGCCCCUCUAGGACAACCGGAUGCAACUACGAAGAAACAAAUCUAA